CCCAAGGCUCUGGCCCUCAAGGUCUUUAGGCCCUGUCCUUGCAGAAAAAAAAAAACUGCACGUGUUCCCCUCGGGCCUUAUCAGGUCCCUGCCCUUCACUGAUACCCUGGGGCACUGCAGCUCUCCUCCCCAGCAGGUGCCAGUGCCUGUCAGACCCAACAGUUCCUGACUUUCCUAACCAGCGGUGUGCCAAGGGCUCCAGGGAAGCUCAUCCCUGGCCACUUUGGAUUUCAGCUAUUGUGACCUGGAUGGGAUCCCACUCCUUCAGGGCCGAACCUUACACUUCUUUGGCUCAAUUUACUGUUUCCUGGGCCGGUAGAAUUUGCUCCUGAUCUUUGCAGGCAUGUAGGCUUUUGGGCUCAAGACUCUGGUAUAGGUGGCGUGUGACCAGCUAAGGGCUCUAGGGUCUCAGAGGGAGCACAAGUUGAGGAUAAUCUUUUGGAGGCCAAGACUAGCCUCAGCUGGAGAGUCGGUGUGACCGGCUUAGCCCCUCUUAUCUCUCAGCUACUGGGCUUCGGAUGCCAUAGGUGGGAGGCACCUGUGUGGAUUAUGUUGGCUGUUCUGGCGGAGUUGAGGGCUUCCUGCUAGAGAGGCGUGUUGGCAACUCUGCUCCAUUCCGGAUGUUAAGUUCUCAUGCAAAGUGCCCCUCUGACCUGAGGAGGAAGCCAGAGCGGCGUGGGCCACCUGAGCCCAGGAAGGCGAGCAGGCCUACGGGGACCGCGAGUGCCUGGCGGAGUGGCAGUCCGGGGCCGAGGCUUGUGUUCAAUCGAGUGAACGGCCGGCGGCCCCUCACCACAUCCCCAUCCCUCGAGGGAAGCCAAGAGACCUACACAUUGGCCCACGAGGAGAACGUCCGAUUUGUGUCCGAAGCCUGGCAGCAGGUAGAGCGACAGCUGGAUGGCGGCCCUGCCGAUAAGAGUGGCCCUCGUCCUGUGCAGUAUGUGGAGAGCUCUCCUGAUCCCCGGCUGCAGAACUUUGUACCUAUUGACCUGGAUGAGUGGUGGGCACAGCAGUUCCUGGCUAGAAUCACCAACUGUUCCUAACACCUGUCCAUGAGGGAAUGCUGCCAUAGUGGACCUUUUGCCCGAAGAGGACCAUGGUGCGCCCGUCCACCUUGUGGCCAGGCUGGGUACCGGUCACACCUGAAGUGCCAACCUUGGGACUUUUGCACCUGUUGUUCCCUUGGCUUGGCUGUCCCAAGCUGCCAGAGCCAGAGGCCAAACCUGUCUAACCUCAGUCCUGCUCACUGUGCCCAGGGACCAGCCCCUGGGGCUGGCAGGGAGGAGCCCAGGCUAAUAAAGUUGAGAAACUGCC